GGCAGGAGAGCGGCUGCAAGUCACUCUCCCACCCCUCUAUUUCAUCACGCCCCCCACCACGCCUCUCACCUUUUCCUUCUCUUCUUUGAUACCCGCUUUUUCCCGCCCGACAGCAAGUACUGUCUGCCACGGUUCGGCGCAUUUACGCUCCUCUGCCUCUGCCGCCAAAUUUUUCAUCGCCUUCGCAGCCACCCGCACCUACGCGUCCGCGCCCAAGAAGAAAAAAAUGCCUCCCAAGAAGCAAGUCGAGGAGAAGAAGAUCCCGCUCGGCAGGCCAGGCAACAACUUGAAGAGCGGUAUCGUCGGCCUAGCAAACGUCGGCAAGUCGACUCUCUUCCAAGCCAUCACCAAGUGCUCGCUCGGUAACCCCGCCAACUUUCCCUAUGCCACCAUCGACCCCGAAGAGUCUCGCGUCCUCGUUCCCGAUGAGCGCUUUGACUGGCUGGUAGAGCACUACAAGCCCAAGUCGGUUGUGCCCGCCCAUUUGACCAUCUACGACAUUGCUGGUCUGACGCGCGGUGCCUCCACUGGUGCCGGUCUCGGUAACGCCUUUUUGUCGCACAUCCGUGCUGUCGAUGCCAUUUUCCAAGUCGUCCGAUGCUUCGACGAUGCCGAGAUCAUCCACGUCGAGGGCGAUGUUGAUCCCAUCCGUGACUUGGACAUCAUUGCUGAGGAGCUGCGCCUGAAGGACAUUGAGUUUGUCGAGAAGGCACUUGCAGCGCUUGUCAAGGAGACACGAAGAGGAGGCCAGAGCUUGGAGAUGAAGAAGCUCAAGGAAGAGCAGGCCACCGUCGAGAAGGUCCUUCAGAUGCUCCAGGACGGCAAGGACGUCCGCAAGGGCAACUGGUCACCCAAGGAGGUCGAGCACAUCAACCCUCUUUUCCUUCUCUCGGCCAAGCCCGUUGUGUUCCUUGUCAACCUAAGCGAGAAGGACUACAUCCGCCAGAAGAACAAGCAUCUUCCCAAGAUUGCCGAGUGGGUCAAGAACAACGCCCCUGGCGACCCAAUCAUCCCCAUCUCUGUCCAGCUCGAGGAGCGCAUUGCUGUCAUGUCUGACGAAGAGGCUGCUGAAGAGCUAAAGAACCUCAACACCAAGUCGGCGCUCCCCAAGGCCAUCCAGACGAUGCGCAAGGCUCUCCAGCUUGGCAGCUUCUUCACAACUGGUACCGACGAAGUCCGACAAUGGACGAUCAGGACAGGCACCAAGGCGCCACAAGCUGCCGGUGUCAUCCACGGUGACUUUGAGAAGACGUUUAUCCAGGCGAUUGUGUACAAUUACAACACAUUGAGGGAAGAGGGUGACGAAGCCACUGUCAAGGCAAAGGGCAAGAUCAUGACCAAGGGCAAGGACUAUGUUGUCGAGGACGGCGACAUCCUGCUCAUCAAGGCGGGUGCGGCCAAGGCGUAGACGGGUUGUUACUUUGAUGCUUGAGGGGCUGUGUCGAGCCCGUUGUCGGCUCCCGGUCAUGUGUGUAUGAGUCUAUGAUUUCGAUGCGCAUCUCGCGACGAGGUAAAUGAAAAGCAGCUAGUCUGUGUGUGAAUGAAUGUAUGAGAAGAAAAG